UGGGCCCAAACUGGCACCAUAUGGGCUAGUACACACUAGACGCAACAAGUAUUCAAAUACUGAUCAUGAUACACACAGGCCUAUUACAAGAGCUGAUUUUAAAUGGAAAUCAAGUGCCUUUUAAAGUGCCUCCUUGUGAUGAGCGGAAAUAAGUCCGUCGCCAUGGUAACUCACAACCUUCAGAACCGCUGUUAGCAUUUGGCUAACAUUCCGCGGUGUCUUUUAACAAGAUGGGAACUACAGAUACAUACCUUAUUCGACCAAACCAUCAAAACAAGUUUAAGCCAGCUGUGGUGAAAGAGUGCAUACGAGAAGUUGUCAGGGAGCGACUCACUGGAGUGCGAUAUGACGCUGAGGAGGUUCAAAAGCUGUCCAACACGCUGGCAGACAGCAUUAAGGACAGAGUAAAGAAGGCUGGUUUUGACAGAUACAAACUUGCAGUGCAGGUUGUGAUUGGAGAACAACGAGGACAAGGGGUGAAGAUGUCCACAAGGUGUUUUUGGGAUGCUGACACAGACAGUUAUGCAGAAGAUGUUUUUAUCACUGAAAAUCUGUUUUGUGUGGCGGUGGUGUUCGGGAGCUAUUACUAUUGACGACUGUGUAGAAGAUGUCAGCUAAGCAUCUACUGUAUGCAGUGUUGGUCUGUUUAAUAUAGGUAACAGUGACCUACAUUAAACAGACCAACAAUGCAUUUUUGAAAUAACAGACUGAAACUAUUGUUUUUUGUACUUUAAGGUAUUUUGCUAUUCAUAAAAAAUAUAAUUUCUAUUUUUGCAGUAAAUUAUAUUAAACAUUUGUGAUGUGAUAUUAAAAUUGUUCAAGCUACAGGACUAAAUAUACUGCAGUAAUGAAGAUAUAAACUUGUUUUAUCUAAUUUAUUCUUUAGGGUUUUUUUUUCUGGAGGUUGGUGUAAAAUGUGUGUCUAAAUCCAAAUCUAUUUUUGUUUGUCAGACAAAAAUGCAAUAACUUAAUAAAAAAUUUAAAUAAUAACUCUACAAUUGUAUUAAAUAUAGAAUGUCAAUUCAGUUGACAAUGUCAGACAGUUGACAAAGAAAUAUGGUAGAGCAGACUGAUUAUAUUUGUUUUGCUGGUCAGAAUUGGGACAUAUCAGAGUGGGGUAGUGAUAGAUGUGGUGUUGAAUUGUGAGGUUGAGUCUCAGUAGAGUAAGGAUCACAGAUCAUUGUAAUCAGCUGUUUUCAGUUUUUUUUUUUGUUUUUUUUUGUGUCCAUGGGCAAGCUUCUUAUCUUUGGGUAUUUUCUUGCGUGUCUCAUAUUAUGUCCAUACCUUGAAUCGUUAAAACCAAAUCAAUUAAAGGAAAUGUGAUGAUU